AGAGAGAGAGAGAGAGAGAGAGAGGUUUUGUACACCAAAAUACCACCUGGUUCAUUUUCUCAGUAGACGUUGGAGAUGGAUAGGAAGAGGAUCUAAACUGUGAUUUCUUCUUUAUCACUGACGAAACAACACAGGCAUGUCGUCGUACGGGCUCGGUAGGUCAAGUUAUUACAGCCCCAGAAGUUAUGGGACGACUCCAAGUUACAGCUCCUACAGCAAACCUUCGUAUACACCAUCCUCGUCCAAGUAUGGAUCCUCCUAUAUAAUUCCUUCAAGAGAAAAAUCAGUUGAUAGAUCUACAGGAUACACAUCUGAUUAUGGGAAAUCAGGAUACACUUCUGACUAUGGUAAAUCAGGAUACACCUCCGACCGGAACAGAGUUGGGUAUACCUCAGACUACAAUGCAAAACCUAGUACAAAUUAUUCGUCUUACAACAGUCCUUCUUCCUAUGGAUAUGGAAGAAGUGUUAGCAGACAAAACAGUAUCACUGGAUCGGAUAGAUUAUCAAGGCAAAACAGUCUUUCCGGAAGUGAAAAUUUAUCGAGACAAAACAGUAUUUCUGGAAAUCUGUCUAGACAAAAUAGCCUUUCAAGAGACAAUUCGUAUAGAAGAGACAGUUAUGGAGCAUUGAAAAAUGGCACUUAUGGCGGGUAUUCCAGAUCUCAAAGCAGAGAAGAAGCGACACCUAAAGUAAAUGGCAUAAGUAACUCAGAUUCCAAAUCUAGGAUUAAUUGCAAAGCUCCAGCUGAUUUUACGACAGACGAAUCGGAAUCCGAAGAAGAAGAAGAAACCGAAUCGGACGAAUCUGAUUUGGAACCAGAUGAAACUAUCCUUGUCACCAGGGGGACAUCCCCUAUGAGAGAAGUAACUAAUGGAACAACAGGCGCGAAUAAAAUUGCCGUAACUAGUAAGGAAAAAAUUAAAAUAAAUCCGGACAAGUACAAAAACACCUGUGAAAAUUCUUGUCAAGUUAUUGCUGAUGAGUUUCCUCAGAAAAGAGAGCGGUUUAUAUCUUCACGUCCUACAAGCCUGUACCUAAAUAAAUACUACCCUAGCUCUACCUCCAGCAGGUAUUCUAUACCUUCUCCGAGAAGCUACAGCACCGAUAUAAAGUCACCCGAAAGUACAUCUAAACCACCGUUAAGCAAAAAGCAGCUGUCCGUAGAUGAGACCGUUUCGGCAGGUGGUUUUUCUAGAGAUGUAUCUCCAAAUGCAAGACAAGCAGAAGAGCCGAAUAAAGAUUUUCGAAAAUCUGUUCUUAACAUGAAUGUGGAUGACAAGUUAAAAGACGAAUUUGGUCGUCGACAGGAAGAAAUGCGACGAAACAGGAGAAGAACAUUAGGGGGUAGCCAAAGUGUCAGCACAGAUAAACAAUCCUCAUCUGCAACUCCGUCUUCUUCGGAAGACGAAAAUCACCUUCCUGAUCCCGAGCAAGAGAGGAAAAGAAAAGUUCUGAAGAAAUCACCAUCUAGAAGUGGAGUACUUUCUAAAUGUGGGUCUCGAUCCAAAAUGGAAUCAGGAGUAAAAAAGAGUGCCUCUCACGCUCGAGUUAGAAGAGUAAGAGAUGACAAUGCAGAAAAGCAUGCGUCAUCAUCAAGUUCAUCUUCAUCAUCAUCUGAAUCAGAAGAAGACAACAAAAGAAACAGAACUCGUCAAAGAUGGCGUGCUACUCGAAGUUCCACAAAUGAAACUGAAGACAAUAAUAAUGAUCUAAACGAAAGCAGAGAAGAUGCUCCAGCUGUGGUGGUACACGCUCCAACUGAAGUCUCGAAAAGCGACGACAAUGAAGAAUCUUCUCCAGUUCGAAGUCUCACCAAGAUUCCUAGCAAUGGAUCUUCCGAUUUAACUUCACCUGGAGAGGUCGUACAUAUCUCAUUUCCACCUAGAAAACCCCCACAGCCACUGGAAAGAGUAGAUUCCGGCAGAAAUGUUGCCGUUUCUGUCAAUUUAACGGAUUUUUUGAAGCCCAAAUCCCAAUCCCAAAAGAAAAGUGGUUCCAGCAGUUCUGAAGAAAGUAGUGAAAAUUCAGAAGAAGAAGAAGAUGAAAGAGAUCUUUUAACUCCAGUCGUUCCAGUCAUAGAUCCUGCCGAUGAUAUCAAAUCUUCUGGGGUGGAGGAGACGGCCAAACCCGAAUCAUCUUCAUCUCCAUCCUCUUUAUCUGAUAAGGAAGAGGAGGAGGAAGAAGAAGAAGAAGAGGAAAAGAAAGCAAGUGACAAAGAAGAGGAAGAAGAAGAAGAAGAGGCAGAAGACAGUGAAGACAAAGAUAGCAGCGAUGCUUCCCGCAGUGUUCAGAGAUCAGCUACCGUCAUACAUGUGAAAGAACCGGAAAAAGAUGAAGAAAGCAGCGAAGAGGAAUCGAGCGAGGAAGAAGAGUCCAGUGAAGAAGAGAGUGAUAAGCUCAAACGAUGCCCCACUCAAGUAAUCCGACCACCUAUGCAAGAAAAAGUCCCCGAACAAAAGAAAGAGGAAUCUGAGUCCGAAGAAGAAUCCAGUGAAGAAGAAUCCAGCAGCGACGAAGAGGCGGACGAUAAAAAAAUCGAGACCGAACAAAAAUCGACGACACCUCCUAAAACGGAAGAAAAUGAAACAACUCCAAGCGGAGAAUCCUACUGGCCAAAAUUGCAGAAGAAAGACAGCCUCCCAACUCCCGAUAACUUAACUUUGUUUAUUGGCCAAUGUAAAGACAUCGAUGAAAUGCUCGGCGUACCAACUCCGGUCAGUCCUGGAUCGUCAAGAAUUGCUAAUUCAUCUUCUCCAAGCAAACAGCAACCUUUCAGCUUCAAAACCGAGGAAGUGGCUAAAGACAAAGAGAAGUCAGCUUCAUCUUCCUCAUCUUCCGAAGAGGAAGAAGAAAGUAGCAGCAGCAGUGACUUGGAGGAGGUGGAGGCGUCCAAGGUGAAAUUCCAUGAAUCCAAACCCCAGAAGCCGGAGCUUGGAGCAUAUACGGAAGAGAUAGAUUCGAGCGCAGUUCGAAUUCGGGAAAACAAACCCCUCAAUUCAGAGCUUGCCCCAGAGGAAAUUGAUUCCUCGUCUGUCAAAAUCCGCGAGCCACCCAUCAUGCAUGGACACAUCACGAAAGCGCCAAUUCGGAAGGCGGAGGAAUGCGAGAUCGUGAAGAGAGGAAACUUAUCAAAUGGAACAUAUGUUGAUAAUAACAGGCGCAGAAGUUCUGACAAGACCCAGAAUAAGUUAAUAUGCAAAGCAAAUGCUCUCAUUGAAAAAAUGACUUCCCCAGAUAACAGAGAAUUAAGAAGAACAUUAUAUUCCCUAAAACAAGUUUUCCAGGAUGAAAAGGAUCUAGCCAGUGCUUUUAUUGAAUCUGGUGGACUGAACAGUCUCGUAAAAGUGGCAUCUAGUGGCGACCAAACAAAUCAAAAUUAUAUUCUAAGAGCUCUCGGCCAGCUGAUGCUUUAUGUUGACGGUAUGAAUGGCAUUGCCCAGCAUUCCGAUACCCUGAAGUGGCUUUACAACCUUGCUGGAACUAAGUACCGAAUGGUUGCCAAGAUGGCUUUGAAACUUCUCGUAAUGUUUGUUGAGUAUUCUCCGAAUAAUGCCCUCCUUCUAAGAGACGUUGUAGUUGAAAUUGAUAAACAGAAAGGUAAUCAUCUUUGGCGUAACGUCAUGCUUCACUUGAAGGAAAAAGAAAAUUUGGACUACGAACUACUCGUAUACUGUAUGACUUUAAUAAACAAGGUAGCUGAUGGUUUUGGUGAUCAAGACAGCUAUUUCGAUUUCGUCGAUGCUCUGGAAGAGCAAGGAAUGGAACAAAUAGUACAGUUUCAUUUGUGCAGAGGAGGAACAGAUAAGGAACUUUUGAAACAACUUCAGAUAUAUGAGGCUGUCCUAAAACAUGAAGAUGGAGAAGACGGUGGAAAACCAUAUUUUGGAACUUUUAUUGAAAGAUCCAAAAAUAUUCCAUCGGGAGCAAACAGGGAACGUCGAAAAAGCAGACGACAUUCCACACCCCUGUUGCCAGCUUAUGUGGUACCAAAAACUCCACCUGCCACUUCACCUUCUAUCAAAACACCGACGCCACCGUGGGUAAGAAGGGAUAGCCGAGAAGGUACUAAGCAGCCAGAGACUCCAGCCGUAUCGACAGACACUGGACUAGAUAUUGAUGAUGAUACCGGCAUCACUCCCGCCUUACGUCGUCGACGGGAUGCUCGCAAUCGCACCCUGACCGGUCAGAGUGACCCUAACUAUCCCUCGCUCCAACAAACACUACCUUCGCCCGAAGUGAAAGAGAAGCCACCAGCAUUCCACAGCGACAGAGCAACUGCUCCUUCGUUGGUCAGCAGACAGCGAUCUCUGUUCGAGAACCAGAAAGAAGAAGAAACUCCUAAAGAGCCACUUGUUCGAAGACCGAGUAGAGGAGAAACAUCGUUAGUCAAGCAACAGGUCCAAGCAGAAAUCAAACCCGUACCUCCACCAUCUCCUACUAAACCUGGAUUUACUCGUCAGAACAGUUUGACGGGUUCAGUUCCAACAACACCUCCAACUGCCGCUCCUAAGCCCUUCUAUGGGCAACAGAACAGAAGUCCUCAACCUUACACUCCUAUCAAUGAGCCCGCUAAAGUCGCACCCAAGCCUACAUGGGGACAAAGCCAGAAGACGAUACAGCCUGAAGAGCCUCCCCAGCCAGCUUUUAAACUCAAAAAUGACAGUAGUCAUAAGGAUUUACAGAAUAAAUUUGCGGCUCCAGAAAACAAAGUUACUCCAGAACCCCAAAGGCAAAGGUAUGGAACAACGCCCGGUGUGGUCAACAGAGCAAAAGAAGGAUUGGCUGGUUAUGGUACAACACGAAACGAAAUGAAAUCGCCUUCGGGACAUGACUUAAGAAAGUCUGCAAGUGGCGUAAAAGAGCUUCAGUGGGAUCAACUCCUACAAACUAUGCGACGUCCACUCCGUAUUAAUGAUUUGGACUUCACUGAUCUAGGCGACGAUGAUGAUGUCAGCAUCCUUAUGAGACCAGUUAACGCUGCACCGUUUCCUGGAGGGCCACCACCACCUCCUCCUCCAGGAGGUGCCCCUCCACCCCCACCACCUCCGGGUAUGGGUGGGCCUCCACCCCCACCCCCACCUCCAGGUAUGGGAGGACCACCGCCGCCUCCUCCGCCAGGUAUGGGUGGUCCUCCGCCCCCUCCUGGGGGAAUGAACAGGAACGGUCCUGUGGCUCCUUCUUGGCUUAGGAAAAACCAACCACCUCCGAUAGAAGACAAGCUUAGCAAGAGAGUGAAGACUGUAAAGCUAUUCUGGAAAGAGGUGAAAGAAGAACCGAUGCUGAUGGAAAGAGCUGGAAAGAAACGCACUAUCUGGGACGAACUGAAGCCAGUCCCGCUGGAUACGCAAAGGCUGGAAAAUCUGUUUGAGAGCAGGGCAAAAGACAUAAUGAGCAAAAAAGUUCAAGAUGGUACGAAGAAAACCGAGCUUAUAGUUCUGGACACAAAACGUUCCAACGCAAUCAACAUCGGGAUGACAAAGCUUCCUCCUAAAGGUGCCAUCAAAGCCGCCAUAUUAAAGAUGGACACAACCAUCAUGAACAGAGAAGGAAUCGAUAAAAUCCUGACGACGAUGCUUCCAACGGAAGAAGAGAAAAAUAAAAUCGUCCAAGCACAGUUGGAAAAUCCAGACAUUCCUUUAGGAUCUGCAGAACAAUUCCUCCUAACACUAGCCUCCAUAAGCGAAUUAGAAGCUAGGCUGAAGCUUUGGGCCUUCCGACUGGAUUACGAGACUAUGGAAAAAGAAGUGGCAGAACCUCUGAUGGAUCUCAAACAAGCCAUAGUUGAAAUAGAGAACAGUAAGACUUUCCGAAUAAUUCUGUCAAUUCUUCUACAAAUCGGUAACUUUCUCAAUAACUCAAACGCAAAAGGUUUCAGUAUAGAAUAUUUGAGUAAAGUUCCAGAAGUGAAAGACACAGUGCAUAAACACUCUUUACUGCACCACAUCUGCACGAUUGUGAUGGAAAAGUUCCCGGACACGACGAAUCUCUAUUCUGAAUUUGGUGCUGUGACUCGCGCGUCCAAGGCGGAUUUUGAUGAGAUUUCCGCAAAUCUGACCAAAAUGGAAACAGAAUGCAAAGCUUCUUGGGAAUAUUUAAAAGCUGUUACAAAACACGAUGGUAUUCCUAUUAAUAAAUCUAGGUUAGCAGACUUUUUAAAUGACUGCGCAGAAAGAAUAAUCGUUUUGGGUAUAAUUCACAGAAGAGUAUUGAAUAGAUUCGUGAAGCUCAUGGUUUUUCUGGGUUAUCCUUCUCACAUGAUCCGGGAAGCCAAACCUCACCUGGUGUGCAAGACCAUCAGCGAGUUCGCCCUGGAGUACAGGACCUGCAGGGAGAGGGUGCAGCAGCAGAUAGACAAGGCGGCCGCCCUCAAGGAGAGGCAGAAGACCAGGGGGAAAAUGAUCACGGAAGCUGAGAAAUUCCGAGCUCCAACAAAAGAACAGAGAGAUGAUCAACAGUUGAGACAAAUCUUAGGGGAAUCUGAUGCCGAAGACGCAAGACUGACGCAAUGGGGUUCCAUGGUAAACCUCAGAGGACGUCCUAAAAACGGUCCAGGGAACCUCAGCCGCCCGAAUUCUGUGAUGAUGCUGGACCGAUGCGGAGGGUAUACCACCCCUUACGAGAGCACGACGGACAUCGAUGAUGAGAUCUUGGAGAGCUUAGUGAAGACGGCCACAGCCCAGCCUAACAGGACAGAGCCUAGGACAAGAAAGAAGGCAAGAUAUGCCGACAGAAAAUCAUUGAGAAGAACGCUCAAAAGUGGCCUUGAUUUAGGAGAUGGGACGUGAACAAACCUCUCGAUUUUAUACUAAAAACAUUUCAGGUGAUAAACACUUUCUCAACAAGGCGACACGUUCGCCCGUUCGAGAACCAGCAUCCAAAAACUAUUAUUUUGUGCAUAGGUUUUCAAUGUUGUUUUUGAACGAUUUUGUACAAGCCCAGAAUGUAGAAAUUCAUUCAGAUUCAUAUAGAGAUAACCCUAACCUCUUUGGUUUAAAAAAGAACAGUGGUGUAAAAAAUCAACGUGAUCGGUAAUAACGAUUUUGUAUCGUUUAAAUUAAAUAUUUUAUUAUAAAUUUUGUUCACAAUAUAUAUCUCUGAAGAAGUGAUUAAAUUAAGUCAAAACUUGUAAUGAAUCACAUGUAUUGAGUAAAAUACAAAUAUUUCUUUAAAUUCUAUAUGGUUCUAGGAUGAGAAAAAUUUACUUUUGUUCGAGCCUACAGAUUUAAAAAUUUCACUUCAAAAAAGAAUACUAGGUUAUGAAGCCUAGUAAAAUAAAUCAAUAAUUUCAUUUUUUUUUACAGAACAGAUAUAAAAAUUAAAUUAUUCUCGGAGUAAAAAGUUCAAAUCUGGAUAGCAUUUGAAGCAUUUUGUAAAUCAUAUUUAAUUUUAAGUUUAUGAGAUCAUGCCAAUCUUUUACAUAAGUAAAAUUGCAUAUAAUUAGAUAUCAUUUAUGAAUCAAAAUCCAAGGAUGAAAAUAUCCUGGAAUCACUUAUGAAAGUAUAUAUAAUUAGUCUUGAAGCUUUUAAAUUUAUGUAUGUUUAUAACAAAAACAAAAGAAUCUAAAAUAGCACAGGUUAAAACUAGUCAUUAAGCAGAGGUCACCAAAUUAGCAAAAUACAGUGUUAAAAAUUCAUUACAAUAAUAUAUAAAAUAAGGGAUAGUAUUUUUUAAGCCACUCUUCUUUUGCAAAUGAAACUAGUCAACAUAACGUCAGUUCCCUAGUCUGAUAUUUUUUAUGAAAAUGAAUUUUGCAAUUCAUUUUAGUGUAUAUCUGUAAAAAA